CUUGUCUCGGCGAUCACCAUCCUUCCCCCAAACGCCCGCACCACCUCCUAACCCCAACAACAUCAGAAUCUCAGCUUGUUUCAACCCACAAGGCUGCUUAGGGUUUAUUUCGAAUUUAAAGUUAAUCCACGUAUUCUUUCAAUACGGGCUCCAUUUGGGCUUGCCUGGUAGCUCCGAACUUGGGACACUCAAGUUCCAUUUGGAGCUGCAGGUCCAGAAUUUGCAUUCCUACUUUGAACUCCACCGACUCACGAAGCUUGACAACGCCGCCAAGAAUAUUCUAUUCUCACUUACCUCCUCAGCCUGGACCAACAUCCAGACCUCUAUUACGAAAAACUUCCCUUCCAAUUCCUGCAAGCCGGCGCAACGUGAUGACGAACACCACUCCAUCCCCUCCUCCCGGUCCUGCCAUAAAACCGUCUCCGAGUGUACAAUCUACUCCGACAUCCACGGCUGGUGCCAAGCGCAAACGGGGAUCCGCAGGGAAGUACUACGCGGUCAAGGCGGGAUAUCAACCUGGGGUCUACUAUGCAUGGAAUGACUGCUUGACCCAGGUAACCGGGUACAGAGGUGCAGUGUUUCAAGCAUUCUCGACUCUAGAAGAGGCAAAUGCAUUCCUUACAGGCUCGAAACUUCCGUCGGUGCCGGGCGCCACUACUUCCGGCACAGACCCUACUCGAUUUUACGGCAUACAGCGUGGGCGAGUACCCGGGGUUUAUACCGAUUGGGCAAAAGCUCAGGAGCAGAUCAAGGGAUUCGCACGACCGCGUUAUAAGAAGUUUUCGACAAAGGAGGAGGCCGAAGCCUUCGUGAAACUAGGCCAAGCUAAUGGUGCUUCGUUCGCUGGGAACACUUCAGAGAUACAGAAGCUCCCUGGAGCACCCGGGAUAUUGAGCGACAUAUCGAAGGACGAGCAAAGCUCUCCUAUAGAGCCAGGUGAUGGCCCGUUGCCUCCCGGGGCAGAGGAUGGGUUCGACCCAAAUGUACUUUUGGACCCCAAAACCGGAAAGGUGGUCUAUAAAACGAAGGAGCAGAAAAGUGCAACAAAGACGAAGGCAACAGGUCCUCCUGGGAUGUUGCGAAUUUAUACAGAUGGUAGUUCACUAAAUAAUGGCAGAGCGCUUGCGUCGGCGGGAGUUGGCGUUUAUUUCGGACCCGGGGACAACAGAAAUGUCUCGGAGCCCCUUAAAGGUAGCCGUCAGACGAACCAGCGUGCAGAACUGACAGCCAUCCUCCGAGCUCUCGACAUAGCCCCACGUCACCGAGAUGUGACAAUAUUCACAGAUAGUCAGUAUGCGAUAAAAUGCGUGACGGUGUGGUAUGUCAAGUGGCAGCGCAAUAAGUGGCUUACGUCGGAUAACAAACCGGUUGAGAACAAGGACUUAGUCGAAUCAAUCCGUGUCAAAAUCGAGGAGCGAGAUGAGCUUAAAGUUAAGACACGUCUGGCUGUUAAUGGGGCGCAACGGGGGGUGUCUGAAAAGGCAGCAGCUUUGGAAGCCAUCAAGAAUAUCCCCGAUGAAGUAUUUGACGAUGAUAUCUGAACUCAAGGCGUUAAGUCCUUUGUUCUGUUUUCUUCCAUAAAAUCCGUUUCUUGCCCUAUGCUUCGUCACCUUAUUUCUUUUCGCUCUUCCUUUUCUCAUAUGAUGACGAUUGUUAUGCUUUGUUGACUGUCCUUGAGGAGUCAGGGCUCUGUUUAUCUUGUGUCUUUAUGAGAGUGGUCUGGGAACUGAUAUACCACCAUGAUGAUAUCCUGGGAUGGAAAUACAUUAUUGAAUCCAAUGAGAGGAAUAAUAAUAGAUAACAUUGAUCACAUAAA